UGUCUUUUAAGUCCUAUUUGUUUAGAGUUUAAUAAAAUAUAAUUGAAUCGUGUAAUUUUAUUAAGAAAGAAGAUAAAUAUUUGAGACACUUUACCUAAAAAAGACUACAGAAAUGUCCGCCAACGAUAGCUGCAUCAGCAGAUUUUUCAAAGAAGAUCACGUUAGAGGAGCCAAAGAAAUAAGUCCCAUAAGACUGACGUCACAAGCAAACGAUUCCUCACAAGAUCUCAGCCAAACAUCUUUGGAUUCAGAAUCUGAUGGCUUAACACUAUCACAAUUAACAUUAGAAGAGCCCGAACCAAUAAUCAUUAAGCCAUUCUAUAAUAUAAGUGUACGAAAAAUGCCGACUUCACCUCAUUAUGUAAUCGAAGAAGAAUUCUCACAGAACCCUUGGGCAAUGUUAAUAGCAACGAUAUUUCUGACAAAAACAUCCGCUAAAACCGCCAGGCGCUAUAUGAGAAGUUUUUUCGAUGAAUAUCAGUCACCGUAUGACGUUUUAAACGAUACUCCUACGUCAUUGGAAAGGUUCUUUGAAAAUUUGGGCCUUCGGAAACGUGGACAUAUGAUUUGGAAGCUUAGUUACCAAUUUGUAUCGUCGAAGUGGCGUAGAGCAGGCGAUUUGUGUGGUAUAGGUAAGUAUGGCGAAGAUGCUUAUAGAAUUUUCUGUUUAGGUCACACGGAUGUGAACCCUGGGGAUAGGUAUUUAAAGCUGUAUUUGGAUUGGCUCAGCAAAAAUACAGAAUUUCUUGAAGUUAAUGGAAUUAUUGAUAGUGAAUGCGUUAUCGAAGAUCCUGUUCUUAAUUAUUAUAGAAUAACUCUUAGAGAAACUGAAUAAAUAGGUUGUGUUUUAAAAUAUUUUAUAGAAAAAGAAAUAAUCAAAUUAAACUUCCCUUUGUGGCAAAUCUUUAUAGAAAAUGUGUCUUAAAAAUCAUGUUUUGCGUUCCAAAUAAAAGUGCAUUAUCCCGUGCCAUGUUAUGACGUCAUAGCUCCCAAGUAAAGUCAAAAAGAAAAAAAUGAACCAUCGUUAGAACGUUACAUAAAUUUGUGCAAGUAAAUCUUUGUUGCAAUCUGUACUUUCUAAUUAUUUAAUAAAAAAUAUGUCUGUAAAUCGAUUAUUUAUAUCAUUCGCUAAAUAAAG